AUGGCAAUGGCAAGUAACAAAACACUAUGUUUUAAAUGUAACAAGGAAAAAAUAACAUUUCCUUGUAGAGGAUGUUCACAAGAAUUUUGUUUUACGGAUUUAGCAGAACAUCAACAAAUAUUAAAUGAUGAAUUAAAUGAUAUUAUUAAUGAUUAUGAUCAAUUUAGACAAAGAAUCAAUGAACAAAAACAAAAUCCACAAAAUCAUUCAUUAAUAGAACAAAUUAAUCAAUGGGAAAUAAGUUCAAUUGAAAAAAUUCAACAAAAAGCACAAGAUUGUAGAAAAUCUCUUAUUAAAUAUUCACAAAGAUCUAUAAAAGAUAUUGAAAUGAAAUUUAAAGAUUUAUCUGAACAAAUGAAAGAAAUUCAUAGCGAAAAUGAAUUUAAUGAAAUUGAUUUAAAUUAUUUAACAAAUCAAUUAAGAAAAAUUACAGAAGAAUUAAAUAAACCAUCAAGUAUUUUUAUUAAAGAAGGUUCACAAUCAUUUAUUUAUGAAAUUUCAGUUAUUUCAUCUAAAAAAUCAAAAUUUAACAAAUGGAAACAAAAUGCCAUCACUGUCGCUGGUGGAAAUGGACAAGGACUAAAUCAACUCAAUAGCCCUGAAGGAAUUUUUAUUGAUAAAAACAAAAACAUUUUCAUUGCUGAUUACUCCAAUCAUCGUAUUGUUGAAUGGAAAUAUAACGGAAAAGAAGGACAAAUCAUUGCUGGUGGAAAUGAAAAAGGAAAUCGAAUGGAUCAAUUGAAUUGGCCUACAGAUGUAAUAGUUGAUGAACAAAACCAUUUAAUCAUCAUUGCUGAUCGUGACAACAGACGAGUGAUUCAAUGGUUGAAUGAAAAUCAACAAAUUCUCAUUGAGAAUAUUAACUGUCGUGGCUUGUCAAUGGAUAAAUACGGAUAUAUUUAUGUUUCUGAUUAUAAGAAGAAUGAAGUGAGACGGUGGAAAAUGGGUGAAUACAACAACGAAGGAACUGUAGUGGCAGGUGGAAAUGGAAAAGGAAAUCAACUCAAUCAACUCAAUGAUCCUCGUUUUAUUUUUGUUGAUGAAGAUCAAUCUAUUUAUGUAUCAGAUAACAACAAUCACCGUGUAAUGAGAUGGAGAAAAGAUGCAAGAGAAGGGAUGAUUGUGGCGGGAGGAAAUGGUCAAGGAGAAAAUCUCAAUCAAUUGUCUUAUCCUGCAGGAGUAAUUGUUGAUGAUUUUGGUCAAACCUAUGUGGCAGAUUUUGCGAAUGAUCGAAUAAUGCGUUGGUGUGAAGGAAAAGAAGAAGGUGAAGUUGUUGUUGGCGAAAGUGGUGUAGCAAAUAAAUCAAAUCAAUUGUAUUGUCCUUGUGGUUUAUCUUUUGAUGAAGAAGGAAAUCUUUAUGUUGUUGAUGGUGCGAAUUGUCGAAUUGAAAAAUUUGAAAUAAUUUUGUGA